AUGUUCUCAAGAUUCAUGAGCACCGUUGGGGAAGUCCUUGAGUCAUAUCCAGAUAUCACGCGUCCACACCUCGAUCCACCAGCGCUGACGGUAUUGCAUCCGUUUCAACGCUGUACAAGGCUUUCUCAUAGCCGACGAAGAGAUUCGCUGGUGGUAUCUCAACAACCCUUACGUCAUUCUGUAAGCCUGUUCAACACCACCGUACUUCCUGCUUUGACCUAUGCUUCGGAAACCUGGGCAUUUCGCAAGCAGGAAGAAAACGCGGUCCCGAUGUCUGCGACUAAAAAAUGGAAGAGCUGUCUCAAAGAAGAAAAAACGUCAAUGAUGCAUAUUCAUAUUCGAAUGAACGAUUGGAGAAGACUCGCGGUUGCAGUUGAUGAAGACUAUUGUAGCAUAAAAAGUUAG